AUGUCUAUCAACAACAUCGAAAGCCGAUCCGAGGUGGAAUCCCAUGUUGGUACACACCUCAUUCAUGCCGACCCGACGCACGCCCAUGCCUACGCAAACAGCAAGAAGAAGGGAUUGCCCACGAUAGCCGUCUCGCCUGCUCAAGGCAAACUCACCUCCCUGUUAGUAGCCCUUAGCGGCGCACGUAACGUCCUUGAAAUAGGGACAUUGGGUGGAUACUCGAGUAUCUGGCUCGCUCGCGGACUACAGGGCCGUGGCAAAGUUACUAGUCUUGAAGUGAAUCCGCACCACCGUGACGUGGCAAUCGAAAACCUACGCCAUGCAGGCGUGAAGGUCCCGGAGGAUGUUGAAGUGCUCCUUGGUGCUGGACUUGAUGUUUUGCCGAAGUUGGCGCAGGAGAUCAAGGAAGGCAAGAGAGAAGCGUUUGAUUUUGUCUUCGUCGAUGCGGACUGGGAUAACCAGUGGAAUUAUUUUGAUUGGGGAGUCAAGCUGUCUCGGGGUGCUGGAAGUGCUAUCUACGUUGAUAAUGCUGUGCAAGAGAUGUUGGAAAGUGGCAUUGUUGGGCCCGAGAAGAGACGGGAUGAUGCUGUGGAUUUGGUAAAGAUGGUGGGUGAAGAUUCGAGAGUUGAGGCUACGGUCAUGCAGACUGUAGGGUCUAAGAGUUUUGAUGGGUUCUUGAUCGCCAUUGUUAAAUAG